AUGGAGCCUCUUUCCGUUGCAGCAAAUGGUCUCGCCAUUAUUUCCGUUGCUUUCCAGCUCACUGAAACCUGCGUCAAGCUUUACAGGUUUUGGGAAUCCGUUGAAGAUGCUCCGCAUGAGAUCGCUGCAAUCAAAGAAGACUUGCAAUACCUCAUCUCUGUAUUCAAGAGGGUUGAAUCCAACGAGAACACCUCAGGCCAUUGUAUAGCGGAAGGGGUACACCAUUGUCGCGUCAAAGUUGCGGAAUUGAUGUCGAUUGUCGAAGAGUUUAAUAUCGGUUUCCAGUCAUUGUCCCGGAAGAAACGAGUAUGGACAGCUUUCAAAGCCGCCACUCAUAGCAAGCAUGUCCAAAGGUUUCGUGACUCUUUGAAUGAGACCAAAGCAACGUUGACGCUCGCCAUGGUUCAUGAAAGUGUUGUACAAGCGCAUGCUAGUAGCUUCUUAACAAGCGUGAACGUGUUCGAAGGCUUGCAUCAGAACUAUAUCACAGAAAAAUUUCAACACGCGUUGCCAGGGGCAGGGACACCUGCUUGGGCUCAAGUACAUAGUAGUCCCUCCAAGUUUGUGGGUCAACGAUCUCUCCACCAUAUACCGAUGACGAAUGAUUUAUUGGCUACGAAUACACUGAUGCACUUCAAGAAAGCUGUUCCUGAGCAAUUGAUGGCGAAGUUCCAGGUUCAAGAGCUUAUGCUACAUGCGAUUGCGCAAACAGCAAUAACGACAUUCGAUUCAACUUCCUUGGAAAUCUUCGCUCAAGACGGUUACAUGAUUGACGAAUGUGGACAACUACGGUCGAAGACUUUUGUUUAUGCGGAGAAUUUACGAUAUCGCAUCCGUCACCACGCAUCAAGCUUUCGAACUGCGCUUGGAUGCGUGUGGGUACGCACGACUACCAUAUACCUCGCCAACGAUCCCGAAGAUGCGGCCGGGAAGCUUCAGACAGUCACCUCUUUUGUCUUCUACCCUACAGCGUGGUUAAAGUGGUUAGGUGUUCGAAAUGGGCUGGAGGCCGUUGCGGCUUCUGCUGGCCGGAGUUGGCUUUUCAAUUGCAGGUUGACAGUGACUUGCGCCGUACCUGAUGACUCCCUUAUAUUCGAACUUUGUCGGACCGGGCAGACUCGUGCUGUGGAAACUCUCUUAACUAAGAGACUGGCAAGUGUGGUGGACACAAGUCCAAAAGGAUGGAAACCUCUACACUUUGCUGCCGCCGCGGGCCAUGUUGACCUAUGCGCUAUGCUGAUCCGAGCAGGUGCAGAUAAGUCUGCUCUGGUCUACGAAGGGCCUUCCGAGUCUAUCUUGUCUCCCAUCUCACUCUUUGUUGCGUGCUCGACUGACAUGCAUGCUGAGACUAAAAUAGCGAUGCUCAGGAUGUUCUGUGACUGCAUUGACCUAGCUAGUCCUGAGAGCGAUGGUUGGAAUGUUCAUGACUGGUUGAAGAGAGCCUAUGCGAGAGAAAAGGUUCCGGUAUCACAAAACAGCAUCACUUGGCUUCUCCACAUGACAGCGAACGAAGAGUAUGUCGAGUGCAGCCCGCGCAACAUCUGGUCCGCCUUACAACACGCCGUAAGGUCCGUUCUCAACCACGAGCGUCAUAGCAGAUAUCUGGAGCGUAUCCUCGAACUUUCGAAGGGCAAACACAGGAACAUCAGCCAAAGACACGUAGACGCGCUGGGGUACUGGAUAGCUCUUCGCGUCAGCGGACGGGUACUACUACCUAUGGUGGUGCAUGUGGGAUCGUUCCUCCAGAUGAAAGGGUUUGACUGGAUCGAAGACUACAUGCCACACAGACAAUUCCUGCAAGCACAACCCAAUCUCUAUGCAGCAUGGUGCCAUGCAGUGCUUGAUGCUGUCGAAAAAGUGGAGGAUUAUAUGCGACAAGAGUUGGACUUGUGUAUGCGGCAACUUGGCUGGACGCGAGAUGAUCUCAUCAGUGCACUGUCAUCCACUGAUACCGCCUUCUACAGUACAAACCACCAGAAUCUUCACCAACAGGUCUGUACGCGCUGCAGAGAUGACUAUGGUCCGCUUGCAUGCAGUCUCAUUGAACCUGCACGCAUUGCCGUCACGGAGUGUGUUAAAACCGGUCACAACUCUGAUUGUGUAUGCCAAAGCAUCUACAAAGACAACGAAAUACCAGCUGAACUUCCGGACUACGCUGGCGCGUGUCACGACGAUCAUAACGGAGACGAGUCGGACAUUGAUGAAGAAUUCUUCGACGCACAACCGCAUCUCUUUAGCACUUCAUCCCUUCAGAGCCAACCAAACCCCAACAUAUUCAUCGAUAUAGCUACCCUGCUUUAUAGUGCUCAAGGACGAAACUGGAUAAGCGGCCAUGCAAUCGGCGAACGCCUUUGCGCAACCUGCUUCUUGCUCAAAGAGCAGUACAUCGGCGAGGACGGUCUUGCAGCCGAAUUCCCACCUAUGCCGAAAAGUUUUGAGGGACUUCGCGUCAAGUGGUAG